UCUGUCUAUGUAUGUUCUUCUACUAUAGGGUGUUUCGCGGAGUUGGAAAUGGCUGAUCAAGGAGGAACUAGUGCGAUGAGGGAAUACAGGAAAGCUAACUGGACAUUGAAUGAGACCAUGGUAUUGAUUGAGGCAAAGAAGAUGGAUGAUGAGAGAAGAAUGAAGAGGAGUGGGGAGGGAGAAGGGAGGAGCAAGCCAACAGAGCUGAGAUGGAAAUGGGUGGAGGAUUACUGUUGGAGAAAAGAGUGUUAUAGGAGCCAGAACCAGUGCAAUGACAAGUGGGAUAAUCUCAUGAGGGACUACAAGAAAGUUAGAGAGUAUGAAAAGGGAAUAUCAGCGAGAGGAGAAGGGAAGAAUGAUGGAUCUUAUUGGACGAUGGAGAAGAAUGAAAGGAAAGAGAAGGGCUUGCCUAGCAACAUGUUGCGUCAGAUAUACGAAGCUUUGGUGGAGGUGGUGGAGAGGAAAGGAGAUCAAAGGGUAGCGAUUGAUGCUGGUGGGUCAGGUACCAAUCCCAACAUUGGAAUUGUUAUGGAAAGACCCAUGAGUAGUGUUCAACCUUCACUGUCUCCUCGAUUGCAACAUCAAAUCCCAGCUUCUAUUCCUACGGUGGUUUUGCCACUUCCAGCACCACCACAACCAGCAGUAACAGUUGCCCCCGUACCACCACAAGCACCGCCAAUGGGUCCAAUACCUCCUCUUGCAUACUCUCAGCCUUUGCCCACAGUAGAGAUGUGUGAUAGCUCAGAUUCUGAUACAAGGGAGUAUUCAGACUCACCAGCGAAGAGAAGGAGAAAGGGAGGUAGUGGGGAAGGAACUAGUACUGCUGCCACUCCAGCAGCAAGCACCACCGAUGAAGUGGGCACUGCCAUCUCCAAAAGUGCCUCCAUUAUAGCAGAAGCCCUCCUGGCCGGCCAGGAGAGAGAAGAGAGAAGACACAGAGAUCUUCUAAGCUUACAUGAGAGAAGACUCAAGAUUGAAGAAUCCAAGACAGAGAUCAGUAGGGAAGGCAUUAAUGGCUUGGUUGAUGCCAUCAACAAACUUGCCAAUUCCAUCUUUGCUUUAGCCUCCCAAAAGAACCAAUCUCCUCCAAAAUGACUCAUGAAACAACAACAAGAUCAGAAAGCUCAAUCACAUUUUGGUUGUUGUACAUAAUAAUUGGUAACCAUUUUAUGAUCUCAUUUCAUGUUUGCGCUCACUUUCUAAUUUCUAUUGAUGAUCAUUCUAAUUAAGAUUUAUGAUAUGUUUCAUGUCAAUGUGCUUUAAACUGUCUUAUCAGGUUGGUUGUAAUCCUCCCAAAAGUGGUGAAUAUAAGCUAAUUGCUGGG